CAGUUUCUCAGCAUUAACCACUUUGCUUCUGCUAUGGAGUUUCAGUGCCUUGCAUUGUUUUUUUCUCUCAUUGUGAUAAUGAUGGCUGCUCAGGCUGCCUUACCUCCAGAAGUUUACUGGGAAAGGAUGCUUCCAAACACACCAAUCCCCAAAGUAAUCAGAGAAUUUCCCAAGCUAGAAAUUCCAGCUAAUCAUCAUCAUCGUGAUCACUCUAAAUCAACUAUAUUUUUCUUCGAAGAAGAAUUGAAGCAGGGAGCAAAAUUUGAUACGCACUUUCGUAAAAUGGAAUAUUUAGCCCCAUUGUUGUCCCGCGAAAUUACAGAAAACAUACCAUUCUCAUCAGAAAAGAUAAAAGAAAUAUUAGAAAUUUUGGCUGUGAAGCCAGAGUCAUGGAAUGCUAAGAAUGUGGAGAAAUCUCUGGAGAUCUGUGAAGAGCCUGCAAUGAAUGGUGAAGAAAAACAGUGUGCAACUUCAGUAGAAUCCAUGGUAGACUUUGUCACUUCUAAACUUGGCAAGAACGUUCAUGUUACUUCUACAGAGGUAGAAAUUGAAAGCAAGUCUCAAAAGUUCAUAGUUAAAGAUGGAGUGAAGAUUUUAGCAGAAGAAGAGAUAAUUGCAUGUCACCCAAUGAAUUACCCAUAUGUUGUGUUUUACUGCCAUAAGAUAUCAAAUAGCACUGCACAUUUUGUGCCAUUGGAGGGAGAAGAUGGAACUAGGAUUAAAGCCAUAGCAGUGUGCCACAAAGACACAUCAGAAUGGAAUCCAGACCAUAUUGCAAUGCAAGUUCUCAAAGUCAAGCCUGGGACCAGUCCUGUGUGUCAUUUCUUCCCUGACGGUCAUCUUCUUUGGUAUGCUAAAGAGGGUUAACUAAACCUAUCAUGCCAUCAAUACUAUCCUUAAAUUAAAUAAGGCAUUUCUGGAUUCUGUGAUCAUGUACUCUUUCAUCCUACAAUAUCAUGAAUAAAAAAAUGAUGAUGAUGAUGUGAUGUA